GAAACCGGAACUAUAUAUAUUUUUUUAAUCACAUGGUGUUGGCUGGAAAGUAUACAACUGAGCUAUUUGUCAAAUUCCCGUGAAAUGUAUUCUUAUCUGAAUUUUAGCUAACCAUGUACCUAACUUCUGUAUCUCCUUAACCGUUCUUACUCGCUGCGUAAUUGAACUUAAUUUGCUACGCCCCUCUUAUAAAAGGUGUAUACUUUCUAGUCAAAACAAUACCGCUCCGUGUCAAAUUUCGUGAUAAGAGAAUAACACACAUCUUGAAUCAAUGGGGGUGACCUGUGUGUGUCAGUUGCCUUUGGCAGAGGGAAAGAGUGUGCAGCAGACAAUAGACCUUCUGCACAAGAAGUUGGAACAGUUGGGCGCUGUGAAGCAAGGAAGCUUCACUGUGGACUGUGAGACAUACCACGCCACAGGAAAUGCCAGUGGCCAGCCCACCAAACUUCUGUAUGUGAUGCAUAAUUCAGAAACCCCCCUGAGCUGCAUAGCUCUGUUUGAAGGGGGUCCCUGCCUCACAGCAGAUGGAAACUUUGACGUGCUAAUGAUUAAACUGAAAAGCCACUUUCAAAAUGCCAAAGGGCACAAAGUUGAGAGCCGUGGCUCCCGCUACCGCUACUGUGAUUUCCUGAUAAAGGUUGGCGCAGUAACAAUGAGCUCCAGUGCAAGGGGUAUUUCAGUAGAGGUGGAGUACUGUCCAUGUGUAGUACCAGGAGACUGCUGGAACCUGAUGAAAGAGUUCAUGCAAAGCUUCCUGGGCCCCAGCAUCCCAGAGCUUCCCUCUGUGUUCUCCAGCAAGCCUGAGGGCCUCUAUGCUCCUGUAGACUGUGUUGACACUAUGACUCAGUACCUGGAAAUGUUCAGCAAAGUGCGCAAACAGCAGGUGCUACCAGGGACCACACGUUGAAUUCUCCAUUGGGAGCAGGAGAGGUCUGGAGCAUUUCUGCUGAUGAAGGGGCACCAAUAGGACUAUGGUACCCAACAACCUAGUUCAUUUUGAGUCACACUGAUAUGUGUAACAUACAUUUUACUGAACAUCAGUACAUCUCACUGAUUAAAGGCUUUUACAACUACUGCAAGGAAUUGCACAUGCCAAAAGUUAGAUCAAAAGAUUGCUGGUUUAAGUCUCUUCAAACUCUUGUCAGAAGAUAUUCUGUCUCAAAUCUGGAUUAUACUUGUAAGUGUUUGAAGAUUUAGAUACUACUGUUUUAUAUUGGCUUUAUAGUCAGACUAGUUGGCUAUUUGGAUACAUUUUUCAAUAACACUUGUUUUUUUUUAUUAAUAAACCUAUUAUUGUAAAUAUUAA